AUGUCACAACCUCCUCCCUCCGCUCCUGCUGGACCAAGUACACCGGGAGGUACAGUCCGUCCGUCUGCCCCGGGCCAAUCGUUGAUGACUAUCAACACCAUCAUGCACAACCUACCUAACCUGUUCGAAAUGCAGUCCCAGGGCAGAUUGACGGAUGUUCAGAUAGUUCAAUUACGACAACUUAUGCACACCCACUUCCGACAAGUGAUAGCCUCGUCCAUGGCCAGCGGUCGACCCAAUCCUCUACUCAACUUACCAGAAGCUUUAGAUCCCACGAUGCCAUUCGACGGUAGGCCACCACUGAUAAGUAAAGAAGCGUAUUCGGCAUCGAUCGCUACGACCACUCAACAUCUGAAAGAAGCCAUGGCCCAAAGAGCUAAAGACGUUGCUGCUCAGAAUCAAAAUCAAAACCAGAGUCAAAUUUCACAACCUUCUAUGAAUACUCCUCCAACCACUCAACCUCAACCACAAUCACAAUCACAGACACAAAAUAACGCUAUCCCUUCUGUUCCACUUCCACCCCAGCCCCAACGAUCACAGCAGCAGGCUCUACAGAGUACUCUUCAACCUAUAUCUACUUCUGGACCUUCCGCAAGACCUGUAGCACCGAACGUAAUACCCAAUCAGAUACCCCAAGGAGCAGUCACUUCUGCCGGUAUGGCAAAAAUCAAUUCCAAUCCCACUUCUGUACCUAGUCCAGCAUCGGCGGCAGCAUCUACAACAGCACCAGCGGCAGCCGGGCAAAAUACGGGGACUUCCACUGCUAUCAAGAGUCAACCAAACAAAGUCCCAAAUGGUAUAUUAGCAUACAGUACAAUGAGAGAGUUGAUGAAGUUGACUCCGGAACAGAGGACUACCUGGUUGAGGGCUGACCCACAAAGGACAUCAGCGUUCAACCUUUCCGCUAAAUACUGGACGAGCAGAACCAACGCUAAUGCAGCUGCGAAUGCAAAUGCAAAUGCAAACGUCAAUGCCAAUGCAGCUGCUAGCUCAUCAACAUCUCAAUCUAGUCAAGCAACCCAACGACCUACUACAAUCGCUCCUAGUGCUCUUCUCACUCCUCCCAUUCCACCACAGACAAAUGCUGUACCUCCACCUACCAACCCCAAACCCAUUCCGCAACAAAACGUUCCUCCAAGUACAACGACAUUGGGAGAUACUUCUAAAUCAGACCCUUCUCAAACCGCACCGGCAACUGCACCUGCACCCUCCAAGGAAGAGACGAAGAAUCCUCCAUCUACAGAAGAUAAUACGAAACCUGCAACAACCAAUGACGAUAAGACAGCAACAGUCAAAGACUCCGACGAAGCACCAAAAGCCCCCGUAGGAGCUGUGGCAGAUCCAGCCUUACCAUCAGCGAUAGCCAAUCCACAAGCCGGUUCUGAGGUACCAGCAUUCGCAUCUGCCUUACCUGAUCUCAAGACCUUCGCACUCAAACCUCCACCACCACCACCUGAACCUGAGAAUGUUAGGAGGAAGAGGAAAUGUAAGGAGUUUAUAGGGGAGCUGCAUCCUGGUAUGGAGAUGGAGUAUGGUAUGGAUGAAGUUAUUGGAGAUAUACUUGAUGGGCUGUUAGACGAAGGCUUGAAAGGAGCGACGAGAUUGGCUAAACAUCGUAAAUCAGAUAAAGUAGAAUUGAAAGAUAUCGCUUUUUUCGUUGAUCAAUGUUGGGGUAUUGAAACCCCAGGAUUCGAUGCUCUUGGACAUACGCAUCGUAAGACACAUAUACCACCUGAGAGGGAGAGAAGAAGGGGGAGGGCGGUCAACCCUCGUGCGGCUAGAUUGGGUCAAGGCAGAGCGAGAGAUGAGGAAUAA